UCUAUCGCAUUCUCGCCCGACGGCCAAAGGCUCGCGUCGGCCUCUUACGACGAAACCGUCAAGCUCUGGGACUCGGCGACGGGCGCGUGCCUGCAAACGCUCGAAGGGCACAGCGACUCGGUUAGCUCUAUCGCAUUCUCGCCCGACGGCCAGACGCUCGCGUCGGCCUCUUACGACAAAACCGUUAAGCUCUGGGACGCGGCGACGGGCGCGUGCCUGCAAACGUUCGAGGGGUUCACUUCCACUUUAUCAUUUGAUAAGACGGGCUCGUACCUCCAUACAGAUUUUGGGACUAAAUUGCUACACAAACAAUCGGCUGCUGGUCCAGCAGCAUUUCAAGCCCAUUUACAACACCAAGAUUUUGGGGGUAUUGGCAUUAGUGCUGAUGGAGCAUGGAUUACGCGGAAAGGAGAGCAUUUCUUGUGGCUGCCUACCGAAUACCGUCCUAGUGGUUAUUGUGUAGCCAUAGCAGGAUUGACCAUAGCCUUAGGCUGUUCAUCCGGGACGGUGUUGUUCUUCCAGUGGUCAGGAGCCUCUUAG